AUGACUUUGGAUAGGGGUGACAGUUUCUGUGGCAAGAUCCAGCCUGCCACUUCCGUUUCGUGCCUGUCACAAUGCCAGAACCUAUUCGGGAAACGGCUCAAGCGAUGGGGCUCUACUGGCUCCUGGGUCAAACCAAAUAGCUCGUCUCACCUAAACAUAGACGCGGUCCCGCAAGGGAAGCCGUACGAGAGGGUGGAAAUUGCCUCGGAUGGCGGUCCCGCGUCGUGUCCGUGUCGUCGCCGUGUCGUGGCGCUGUCCCCCCGCGUGACAGUCGCG